CGCGCGCGGGUGACGGCGAAGCCCAUGGCGGCGGCGGCGGCGCUGGACGUGUGGGAGGCUGCGGCUCCACGGAGGAGGCGUUCCAGGGCGCGGCCACGGCAGAAGGCAGCGGCGGCCCCGAGUGCCAAGGAAGAGCUCGGGGCAGACCCGGGAGUCGUGCUUCGUCGCCUCCGCGAGGCUGAGGAGGACCUGCUGCUCUCUGACUUCUGGAGUUCAGCGCUAGAAACUGUCAAGGGAUGUCUUAGAAAAAUUCGGGAGCAACUGGAGGCCCCUGCAGGGACUCUGUCUGAAGCCCUCGGAAGGCUGUGUCUGGCCUCACCUCCAGAUGGCUCCGCACCUGCAGACAGGCCAGCCCCGGACGCCUGCCAGGUCAAGUGUGUGUGUUACGGCCUUGGCAACUUUGCCACUUGCGUCAUAGCUCGGAGCCAGCUGGCCUUCUUGCUUCUCCUCCUGGAAAAGUGCCAGAUUCCCAGGAGUCACUGCUGGGUGUACGACCCUCUGUUCAGUCAACUCGAAAUAGCUGUUCUGAGCAGCCUUGGCGUGACUGUUCUCCGUGAGAAUGAGGAAGGAAAGCGGAGCGUGGCCGGUGAGCCCACCCUCUUUUACAUGCUGCACUGUGGGACUGCCUUGUACAACAACCUCCUGUGGAGGAACUGGUCCGUGGAUGCGCUGUCCCGGAUGCUGGUCGUGGGCAACAGCUUCAAGGGCCUGGAGGAAAGGUUGUUGACGAGGACUCUGCAAAGGAGUUACCCCUACAUUGCCAAGAUCCUGAAGGGGCUGGAGGAGCUGGAGCUGGCCCAGAGCACACAGUACGUGGACACAUUUAACGACACUUCGGUCCACUGGUUCCCCAGGCAGAAGCUGCAGCAGCUCCCCGCGGAAACCUGGGUGUUUCGGGAGGAGCCAGAUUACCAGGACUGUGAGGACCUUGAGAUCAUCAGGAACAAGCCACCGGAGCCUGCAGGUGUGAGCUGAGGCAGGGGC